UGAAUGUUGUCAGCAAUGCACUCGUUGCAGUCCCCUAAACCGUUCGUAUGUUCCCACCGCCAUGAAUACGGUCAUGUUCCGAACUGGCGUCCUUCGAAAAAUCUACAUUCUGUUCAUCAUCCUCGCCACGGUCUUGCUUUUUUACUUCGUCCGACCACUCCAGGAGACGUACAUCAGCAGCGUGAAAGAUGGCGUAGGAAAGAAAGACGGAAUGGACUACGAUGAUCAGUCGGAGUCUGGGAUUCUUCACGAAAUCAUCAAUUAUCUUCGUUCUCUUAUAGGCCUUGGAUUGGAGGGCAGUAGUGGCAUAUCCAAAACAAAGAUUGUUUAUGACUCUCACGCCCGACGCUUGGUGGACAACCUAGAAAUGCGACUCUUUCAGAAUAAAACAAACUCUAGUGAAGUGACUGGUAUCAAACCACCAAAGAAAACUGGCAUCCACAGUCUAUCAUAUCAUGAAACAAACACAACAGAUGAUAGUCGGCCUCAAUGUAUUCCUGGAAAAACGCGAGAUAGAAUGCUCAAUCUCUUUGGUAACAGAUACGAUGUCAACAUUCAUCCCUUUAUUGGCGCGGAAACGGAAGUAUCAAGUCUUGUCUCACUUCCACCACCGUUUGGGUUUAAAAAAUUAGAGAGUGUUUUAAAGAAAGCUGUAUCUGUCAUCAAUAAGUCAGACUGCUCCGAAAUUACGAGGAGUAUUGAUGAGCAGUAUCGGUUUUGA